AUGAAGAUUUCCUUGGAGAUCUCUGUCUGGCUGCUGACAACCUUGCUAGCUACAGGUGAGUUGGCUGUUUUGAAAGCCACGGGUGACCUUCUCGUGUAAGAGCUUUUCUUGACUCUUUUCCAGGGUCUUAACCACAGGGAGGCUCGCCCACAUCAGGGAUAUUCCAGAUCCAACCCUAAGUGUUCAGCUGUCAUGAAAAUGAAAGCGGAAAAAAGAUCAAGUCUCUGACCCAAUUACAUGAGAAAGGAUGCAGGCAGCAUUCUGCCCAAUAGAUCACCACAAAGUACAAUAUAUGUGCCUCCAAUUUAUGAUCUAUCUCUUUUGCCCUGGCCACCUGACCUCUUAGGCACUUCACCAACUUCUAGCUCUAUGGGCCUCCCUUCUUCAAGAUACCAGGCUUUGCAAAUGGGUAGACAUCCUUUGUGGUGCCCCAACAUUUCAAGAGACAAUGGGACACCCACCACUUUGUCCAGAUAGGGGCUAACACAAGAUAGUCAUAGGUUCUCCAUUGCAGUGGGGAGUCCUCUGUUUGAAAUGCUUUCAGAGGGCAGUCUUCUCAUUGAAGGUGACCUAUAUCUGAAGGGCUUGUGUGGUCUAUGUCUGUUGGUGACCCCUGAUCUCGGAAAACUAUUAAGGGGCCCCUAUGUGAGACAUUGAUCUCCUUUCUCUCUCCCUCUCCUCCAGGAAUCUGCCUUCAAUGUGAACGUUGUGAAAGUGCCACCCGGUCCUGUUCUGGGCCUCUGCAGACCUGCAAAGGGCCUCAGAGUGCCUGCCUCACCCUCACAGUAGAGACCCGAGUGGGUAAGUGGCUCAUGUUUGGUUGGCUCGGGUGGAAGGUUACCGUAUUUUCGCCCCAGGGGACUCUGCCUUUAGCUGUUCCUCUUUUCUUUUUCUCAGUUUAGCUUACCUCACAGGGCAUGUUGCGAGGUAAUCAUGAAAUUAUUGUCAUUGACAACUCUAGGGUUUGCAGGGUCCCCAAAGGCACAAAUCAACAAGAGUUCCUGCAGUCUGGACCCCUGGAAUAGCUGGUUCUCCUUCUUUUCAUGCAACCAGGCAAAAUGAGGAAAGUGGCCACUUACAAAGGAUGCACCAAGCUUGAGUACUGCCCUCUGGGGCCUUUCACCAUCACCACUGCGCCAGAGGAACGCAUUCGGAGCAACUCAGAGUGCUGCUGCCAGGAUCACUGCAACAAGGGAGCUUUGAGGUGUAUGCAUUUCAUUUCAUUGCCUUGCUAGCUCAUUUGCUUCCCUGCCAACCAGGUUUAUCAACCAUAUUCCUGCGUGGCAGAAUCCUGGAGUCUUGGCUCCAACAACAUGUCUUCAUUGGGGAAUGGGUGUCAUUUGGGCGUUCAGCAUCUGCUGUGCAUGCAGAAGGUUGCAGGUUCAGUCCCCGGCCUCUCCAUGUCUGAAAUCCCAGGGAGCUGCUGCCAAACGGUGUCAAUGGCUCGACUCAGUACAGGCAGCUUCUGAUGUACAAUUUUAUAUCAGCUUUGGCUCUCAUUCACCACUUCCACCUUUCCUCCUAGGAGCUCAAGAUGGUGCCCAAUUUAUCCCUACAACAACCCUGUGAGGUAGGUCACACUGAGAGACUGUGACCGGCCCAAGGUUACCCAGUGAGCUUCAUAGCUGAUUGGGGAUUCAAACCCAGGCCUCCCAGGUCCUAGUCCAGCACACUAACCACUACCCCAUCAUCGGAGCAGAAGAAGCUGCCUUACACUGAAUCAAACCAAUUGGUCCACCUAGCUCAGUAUCACCCAAACUGCCUGGCAACAGCAUUUCAAGCAAAGGACAUUCCCGUGGAAAUGCCACUGGGAAUUGAACCUAGGAUCUUCUUCCUGCAAGGCUGCUGCUCUACUACUAAGCUACAACCCACAUGGCUCUGAUGAUACAUGAAGGAAUGCUACACAGAAGUGGUGGUUGCAUGGAUGCUUCCCUCCCUGUUGUUACCACCUCCUUGCGAAGUGGCAAUCCAACGGAAAGGAUGUGUGGCAUCCACAUGCAAAGACCAAAAAGUGGCAGCGACCCAUGUUUGAAUCUUGUUGUCCACCCCUGCCAAAGGCUUCUGCAACCUUAGGUUGUAUCCAGCCAACCUCUGCUCAGGAGAUCCUUUGAAAUGAAAGGACUUAAGUUGACCGUGCCCAUUCAUCUCGAUGGGUCUGCUCUGAGUAGGAUGAGCAUUAGGCACAGGAACCCCAGUGUGACAGCACUACAACCUCUGUCAUUCCAUUGGUUGUGCUGACUGCCGCUGAUAGGAGUUGUAGUAGGGGCAACCUCUGGAGAGCCACACGCUAACCAUCUAUGCGCUAGACCUUGAACUAUGCCAACAAGUCCUCCCCAAGUUCACUGCCAUAUUUGUAGACAGUCAUCUGUUGGGGAGACUGGAUUUCCUGAGAUUGGACCACAUACCUUGAAAAUCCCCUUUCAGGUCUCUGAUUCCAUGGAGUUUCAGCACCACUUUUGCAGCGUUCAGCUGCUGCUGAAUGCAAUGUCUUCCAGAUUUCCAGAGUUCUUGCUCUUACGGUGUCAACCUGAAGCCAAUCCACACUGAAGGCAGGAAGACUCACUUCCCAUUUCCCCUGCCCUCACUCUCACUUGGCUUUCUUUGAUUCUCACCUAGAAUGCUCCAGAGGCUCUGAUUCAUUCCAGGGUGAGCAGCCUCUUGCUCACCCAUCCCCAAAUCUGCACUGCUAGCUAUUGUUGCUAGGCCUGAUGAAGCAACGUGGUACUGAGCAGCUCCCUUUAUCAAAAAAGGGAGUGGGCGAGCAAUCCAGAAGUGUUAGUAGAAUAGGAUUUUGAAUGUAGCUGCCAACCUCUUUGAUUUCUUCCCAGUGCCUUUGCUAAGUGAACCCAACCAAAGAUGGUGCCCUCCACGCAACUUGAGAGGUUCUACCUGCACGAUCGGUGACAAGGUUUUCUGCCACGGUCGGGAAGUCUACUGCAUCUACCUCUCUGGCUAUGCUGCAGCUGGUAGAGUUGCCAACUUUAGUUUUUUAAAAAUACGGUCCUCAAGGGUGAUGUAUCCCAUUUCACCAAUUCAGGUGAAACAUGAUGGUGCUUUCCCCUCCCUGUCCCAGUGCCCCACCCCACUGGAGCCCCCCUACAUGGGUUGUACAGCAGCAGCUGAAAAGCAGUGACAACAACAACAACAACAACAACAAUAACAACAACAACUUAUUUAUACCCCACCCACAUGGCUGGGUUUCCCCAGCCACUCUGGGCGGCUCCCAACAGAAUAUUAAAAACACAAUAAAACAUCAAACAUUAAAAACUUCCUUAAACAGGGUUGCCUUCAGAUAUCUUCUAAAAGUCAGAUAGUGGUUUAUUUCCUUGACAUCUGGUGGGAGGGCGUUCCAUAGGGUGGGUGCCACUACCGAGAAGGCCCUGUGCCUGGUUCCCUGUAACCUCACUUCUUGCAGGGAGGGAACUGCCAGAAGGCCCUCGGAGCUGAACCUCAGUGUCCGGGCUGAGCAAUGUCGGGGGGCGGGGACUCUCCUUCAGGUAUACUGGGUCGGUUCCAGCAAGAGCUCACAGAGCUCACAAGAUCUUGCUAGAAGCUACUGCUGCUUUUCUGGUCACCCCCGGGGCACCGUCUCUUGGAGUUCUACCACCAGAGGCAGUUGCCUCAGCCUGCCUCAUGGGUGGGCUGGUCCUGUCCACCCUGGGUGUGGUUUUGAAGGAUGAGCCAGGGCUGCAUGGAAUCAGGGCUGAACAUAGGAAGCUCCCAUAUAUUAUUGGUCCAAUGCCAUCUACACUUGACUGGCAGCAGAUCUCCAGGUUUUCAGACAGGACUUGUUCCCCAUCUCCACCCUGGAGAUGCCUGGGAUAGUCACUGUAUUACUUCACUAGAGCUCAAUAGUAGAGCAUCUGCUUUGCAGAUGCAGAAAGUUUCAGGUUCAAUCCCCGAUCUCCAGGUAGGACUGCGAGAGACUCCCUUCCUGAAACUCCAAAGAAUGGCUGCUAGUUGGUGUAAACAAUACUGGGAUUGACCAGCUAUCUGGAUAGCUCAUUUGGUUAGGUGCUGAUAACAUCAAGGUUGCAGGUUCAAUCCCCGUAUGGGACAGCUGCAUAUUCCUGCAUUGCAGGGGGUUGGACUGGAUGAUCCUCAGGGUCCCUUCCAAUUCUACGAUUCUAUGACUUGGUAUAAGGCAGCUGUCCUUAUCCAUGAUCAUUGGCUAAACUGGCUGAUGGGAGUUGUAACCCAACAACAGCUGGGAUUCCAAGGUUGAAGAACACCAAUCUACCCUGACUGGAAGCAGCUUCCCAGGGAUUAUGGCCAUAUGAUUUCCCUGACCUAUCUGAGAUGCCACUGAGAAUUGAACCUGGGACUAUCUGCAUACAAAGCAGGUGUUCUACCUCUGAGCUACAGCACUUCCCCAAGAAAUCAUCAGUCAAGGUGGUUGCCUGGAGGGAGUGGAGAGGACCGAAGGAAUGGCUCACAGAUCCCGGGCAUGUCUUGGUUUGAUUGUUUUCUUCCAUCCCCUCAGGUAGCAAGAAUGAGACCUUUGUCAGACAAGGCUGCGGGACACAACAUAUCUGCACUGAUAAGCUGGGCAUUUUUGGAAUACCAGGGUUGUUCCUUGAAACGCUGACGAAGGCAGAUUGCAACCAGGCUAAUGAAAUUGACUACUCAGACUUCAGAGACCUUUCAUGGAACUGA